GGGGAGUAACAUAUAAAGAUAUGAAGAAAAACAGAAAUGUGAACCGGACGCGUGUUCUCUCUUAUCUGAACACACCUUUCUAUUUCCUCUCUCCCUCGCAAGCUCUGCUCGGUUAGACGAGAUUCCGAAACUUUGCGAUCCGCGGUAAAUUCCGAAGGUCGGUCGGGUGCUCGUCCGCGUCAGUCCAGUACUCGUCCCCGCCAGUCGAGUUGCCGUUCUCUUUGUCAGGAAGGCGGUUUCCGUGGUCGAUAGCGUACGGACAGGUAAUGGCAGCGGCAGACAGUACCUUUGUGGGAUCUCUACCCACGGACGCUGGCAAGAAUGCCCAGAGUCUGCCCAGAUACGCGGCGCCUCGCGAGAUCGGCAGUUUCUCGGUCGUCGGAAAGAACCGAGAAUACUUGGGCGACCGUUCCGAGCUCAAGUACCUGUGCAUGCCCAAGGAGCCCGACGCGCUGAGCUGGGACCUGAACAGCGGAAUGCCCGAGGCAGUGUGGGCGGACGCCGGGAAGCCCAGGAAUCUGAAUAGGCUCCUGAGGUGGAUAACGGAAAACUGGCAAUUGCUUGCUCCCCACCAAGGUUCCAAAAGGGAGAGUCUGGGUGUAGACUUUGUCUGCAAGCGAGGCCUACUCUCUCGGUUGGCUCGCACACCGUACAAGACCUACGACAAAUGGCUGUUUUCUGCCACGCUCUUCAGGGGCACCAUCUACUUGUGCGAGGUCACGAGCGAAUCUCGAGCAGCUUGGGAGACUGAGAAUUCCGAGGCCGUACGGCAGGCGGAGUUUUGGGGCCACAAGUUCAAGAAGUUGAUGGCGUCCGCUCAGCCUGGGAUGUCCCCCGACAUGGACGCCCCCCUGAUCUGCUUCGACCAGUUCUACGUCGUGCUGAAAGGGAGGCUGGAGUCCCACUCGCUGCUUUUCACCACCGAAGUGGACGCCAUCGACAGCGAUGUGCCGCACGAUCCCGGGUCCACGGCUGCUUACGUCAAGCUCAGGAGUACCAGAUACACGAAUUGUAUGAGCCAAGUGCUCAAGUUCCACAGGAAUAAGCUUCUGACUUAUUGGAGCCAGUGCUUUCUAGAAGGCUUUCCCAGAGUCCUGAUCGGCUUUCGAACUAUGGACGACGAGGUGCGGUCCAUCAAGAGCUACAGCGUCGAAGAGAUGCAAGACCUCGGAAAGGGCUUUGACCCUGCUCUGCUUGGCCUUGUACUUGCCCCACUGAACCCUGGGCCUGCCCAGCUCGGGUGCUGCCUAGGUUACGCCUGCCACCCUCCCGGUCCGCGGCACAAAGACAACGUGGUGUAUUUCUUCAGCUACGACAUCAAAAAGGAAAAGGAAGUAACCUGCAGGAGGCUCUCAAAACCAGGCAAAUUUAAGUUUUUGCCUGCUUCUUACUUGGAGAACUUCUCCAAAUGAUCUAGCAUUUCGAAAUGAACUCAAGGUGACACAUAACUCUACAAGUUACUCGUUCAUGCCAAAUGUAAUUGACGAAGCAUGAAUAAAAAAAAGUGUCUGCUA